AGGAUGCAGCAGCAGAGACCAGACUCUCCUGAACCCAGCCGUGUGUCCAUGAAGAGUGACCGGUCUAUGAUUCGUCCUAUUGACUUUAAAGUUCAACAACCUGGUGAUGGAAGAGUUGAGCAGCAGAGGUCAGAGGUCGACAGUGAUCAGUCUGCCCAGCAGCAUCAACCAGACCUGGACUCCAUCUUUAUGCUGCUGGAGGAGAACAUGGUCACGUUUGUGAAGAACGAGCUGAAGAGAGUCCAGAGGCUCCUGAGACCAGAUUACCCAGAAUGCUUAGAGAGUCAGAGGGAGGAGGAGGAGGAGGUGUUGGACGGAGAGGAUGAAGAGCAGAGGAGCAGCAGCAGAGAGGCGUUUCUGAAGAUCACUAUGAACUUCCUGAGGAGGAUGAAGCAGGAGGAGCUGGCUGACUGUCUGCAGAGCAAGAGUCCUGCUGCAGUUUGUCAACAACUUCUCAAAUCUAACCUGAAGAAGAAGUUCCAGUGUGUGUUUGAGGGGAUCGCUAAAGCAGGAAACACAACCCUUCUGAACCAGAUCUACACAGAGCUCUACAUCACAGAGGGAGGGACUGGAGAGGUCAAUGAUCAACAUGAGGUCAGACAGAUUGAAGCAGCAUCCAGGAAACCAGACAGACCAGAAACAACCAUCAGACAAGAAGACAUCUUUAAAGCCUCACCUGGAAGAGACGGACCAAUCAGAAGAGUGAUGACAAAGGGAGUGGCUGGCAUUGGGAAAACAGUCUUAACACAGAAGUUCACUCUGGACUGGGCUGAAGACAAAGACAACCAGGACAUACAGUUCACAUUUCCAUUCACCUUCAGAGAGCUGAAUGUGCUGAAAGAGAGAAAGUUCAGCUUGGUGGAACUUGUUCAUCACUUCUUUACUGAAACCAAAGAAGCAGGAAUCUGCAGCUUUGAUCAGUUCCAGGUCGUGUUCAUCUUUGACGGUCUGGAUGAGUGUCGACUUCCUCUGGACUUCCACAACACUGAGAUCCUGACUGAUGUUACAGAGUCCACCUCAGUGGACGUGCUGCUGACAAACCUCAUCAGGGGGAAGCUGCUUCCCUCUGCUUGCCUCUGGAUAACCACACGACCUGCAGCAGCCAAUCAGAUCCCUCCUGAGUGUGUUGACAUGGUGACAGAGGUCAGAGGGUUCACUGACCCACAGAAGGAGGAGUACUUCAGGAAGAGGUUCAGAGAUGAGGAGCAGGCCAGCAGCAUCAUCUCCCACAUCAAGACAUCACGAAGCCUCCACAUCAUGUGCCACAUCCCAGUCUUCUGCUGGAUCACUGCUACAGUUCUGGAGGAGGUGUUGAAAACCAGAAGGAGAGGAGAGCUGCCCAAGACCCUGACUGAGAUGUACAUCCACUUCCUGGUGGUUCAGUCCAAACUGAAGAAGGUCAAGUAUGAUGGAGGAUCUGAGACAGAUCCACACUGGAGUCCAGAGAGCAGGAAGAUGAUUGAGUCUCUGGGAAAACUGGCUUUUGAGCAGCUGCAGAAAGGAAACCUGAUCUUCUAUGAAUCAGACCUGACAGAGUGUGGCAUCGAUAUCAGAGCAGCCUCAGUGUACUCAGGAGUGUUCACACAGAUCUUUAAAGAGGAGAGAGGCCUGUACCAGGACAAGGUGUUCUGCUUCGUCCAUCUGAGUGUUCAGGAGUUUCUGGCUGCUCUUCAUGUCCAUCUGACCUUCAUCAAGUCUGGAGUCAAUCUGAUGUCAGAUAAACAAUCAACCUAUCGCUUACCUAAACUCUUGAGGGACAAGCCUGACCCAACACUGUUCUACCAGAGAGCUGUGGACGAGGCCUUACAGAGUCCAAACGGACACCUGGACUUGUUCCUCCGCUUCCUGCUGGGUCUUUCACUGCAGACCAAUCAGACUCUCCUACAAGGUCUGAUGACACAGACAGGAAGUAGCUCAGAGACCAAUCAGGAAACAGUUCAGUACAUCAAGAAGAAGAUUGAAGAGACUCCCUCUGCAGAGAAAAGCAUCAACCUGUUCCACUGUCUGAAUGAACUGAAUGAUCGUUCACUAGUUAAUAUGAUCCAGUGGUCCCUGAGAUCAGGACGUCUCUCCACAGAUAAACUGUCUCCUGCUCAAUGGUCAGCUCUGGUCUUCGUCUUACUGUCAUCAGAAGAAGAUCUGGACGUGUUUGACCUGAAGAAAUAUUCUGCUUCAGAGGAAGCUCUUCUGAAGCUGCUGCCAGUGGUCAAAGCCUCCAACAAAGCUGUACUCAGUGGCUGUAACCUCUCAGAGAGAAGUUGUGAAGCUCUGUCCUCAGUCCUCAGCUCCCAGUCCUCUAGUCUGAGAGACCUGGACCUGAGUAACAAUGACCUGAAGGAUUUUGGAGUGAAGCUGCUGUCGGCUGGACUGGAGAGACAACACCACAGACUCCAAUGUCUCAGACUCAGUGGCUGUAAACUGUCAAGGAGAAGUUGUGAAGCUCUGUCCUCAGUCCUCAGUUCCCAGUCCUCUAGUCUGAGAGACCUGGACCUGAGUAACAACAACCUGCAGGAUUCAGGAGUGAAGCUGCUGUCUGCUGGACUGGAGAGUCCACAAUGUAAACUGGAAGGUCUCAGUCUGUCAGGAUGUCAGGUCACAGAGGAAGGCUGUGCUUCUCUGGCCUCAGCUCUGAGCUCCAACCCCUCCCAUCUGAGAGAGCUGGACCUGAGCUACAAUCAUCCAGGAGACUCAGGAGUGAAGCUGCUGUCUGCUGGACUGGAGGAUCCACACUGGAGACUGGACACUCUCAGGGUGGACCAUUGUGGACCACAGAGACUGAGACCUGGUCUGAGGAAGUAUUCCUGUGAACUGGAACUGGAUGAAAACACAGUGAACAGAAGACUCAGACUGUCUGACAACAACAGGACGGUGACACGUGUGACAGAGGAUCAAUCAUAUCCUGAUCAUCCAGACAGAUUUAAUGUCUGGUCUCAGCUGCUGUGUAGAACUGGUCUGACUGGUCGCUGUUACUGGGAGGUCGAGUGGAGAGGACUGGUUCAUAUAUCAGUGAGUUACAGAGGAAUCAGAAGGAAAGGAAGCAGUGAUGACUGUAGGUUUGGAGGAAAUGAUCAGUCCUGGAGUCUGAUCUGCUCUGAUGUUCAUGGUUACUCUGUCUGGCACAACAACAGAAAAACAUCCAUCUCCUCCUCUGUCUCUCACAGAGUAGCAGUGUAUGUGGACUGUCCUUCUGGCUCUCUGUCCUUCUACAGAGUCUCUGACUCAAUGAUCCACCUCCACACCUUCAACACCACCUUCACUGAACCUCUGUAUCCUGGGUUCUUCAUCUUUCCCAGUUCCUCAGUGUCUCUGUGUCUGUAGGUCUGAGAGUCUCUCCUGUGGACAGAAACUCUGCUGACUGCAGGUCAGCUGCUGAAAUCAAAGUGGACUCUGUUCACCAUCACACACACUCUGCACUGUGAAGCAGAUCUGUCUCAGACUCAGACACUGAACAUUCAUUAGUCUGAUUUCAUCACUUUGAUGAUCAACAUUUUAACACUUUUGUAAAAUGAUUUCAUUCUGUCUGAUGUUUAUUUUUGUCUCCGUUCACUCUGCUGUUGUUACUGUCAGGAUCAAUGAGCAGCAUCCAGCUCUGUUCACAUGUACAACUGUGUAAAUGGACUUCACUGCUAACACAAUGAAUACACAGGAAACACUUCUACUGGCAGCAAUGUUUUUUUAAUGGAUUGAUUAUUUGAGUGCUUUGACAUUCAGUUUGUAAAUUCAGGAUUUAAUAAUCCAGAUUGGGAUUUAAAAGUUUUUGGAUUUAUAGAAAUGAUUCAUCAGACCAAAUGCUUUAGGGGAAGUGAAAAUGAAAUAAACAUAUC